AUGACAUCCGAAUCCACCCCCUCCAAUUUCCCCCCCGGAGAAGUUGCCCAAGCCGUCUCGGCGGCCAGGGCGGCCAAGCGGCUUCAGGACGCAGCCGACACGCUCAGGGCACAGGCCGCCGCCAUCAAGGACCCGGCCGAGCGGGAGCGGCUGUUCCAGGCGGCCUACAACAAGGAGGUUGAGGCGCGGGGGCAGAGCAAGAAGGCCCGGCUGAUGGCGAGCGGGUGGGGCCAGGGCGCGGCCGCGGGGAUCGGCGCCUCGGGCGCCCUGGGUAUGGGGUUGGGCAACCUCGUGGGUGUGCUCCUUAGCGGUGUGGUGGCUAUUCCUGGUGUGUUGGUGGGUGCUGGUGCCGGGGCGAUACAUGGGCCGUGGUAUAAGCUUCCUGGCAAGUCUAGCAAGUCCGGCAAGUCUGGGGAAGCUGGGGAGUCUGUGGAGUCGGUGGAGAACGGUGCGCUAGCCGGGUCGCAGUCGGAUGAGGAGGAGCAUCGUAUUGUGAUUGCGGCUGCGAGGCAGAUCGAGGGGGAGGAGAAGGCCAAGGAGAAGGACAAGGGGGCUGACGGGGAAGACAGGGAGGAGAAACUGGAAAAAGGGGUGGAGGAGGAGAAGGAUGAUACUGAUUGA